GGCGGGCGCGGUGACAUGGAGGUGGCAGUGGCACCCCGCGAGGGUGGCCCGGUGGCCGCGGGGCCCGUGCUGGGGCUGUGGCCGGCGGUGGCCCCCGGCAAGCGGCCCAAGAAAUCCGCGGUGCUCUUCUUCGAGGUGGAGAUCCUGGACGCCCGCACCAGGGACAAGCUCUGCUUCCUCGACAAGGUGGAGCCUCAGGCCACGGUGGCCGACAUCAAAAACCUGUUCAGCAAAAGCCAUCCCCAGUGGUACCCGGCGAGGCAGUCCCUGCGCCUGGACCCCAAGGGGCGCUCGCUGAAGGACGAGGACGUGCUGCAGUCGCUGCCCGUGGGCACCACGGCCACGCUCUACUUCCGGGACCUGGGGGCGCAGAUCAGCUGGGUCACGGUGUUCCUGACGGAGUACGCAGGCCCCCUGCUCAUUUACCUGCUGUUCUAUUUCCGGGUCCCGUUCCUCUACGGGCCCCGCUACGACUUCACGGCCAGCCGGCACCGCGUGGUCCACCUGGCGUGCUGCUGUCACUCGUUCCACUACGUCAAGCGGCUGCUGGAGACGCUCUUCGUGCACCGCUUCUCGCACGGCACCAUGCCCCUGCGCAACAUCUUCAAGAACUGCACCUACUACUGGGGCUUCGCUGCCUGGAUGGCGUACUACAUCAACCACCCGCUGUACACCCCGCCAGCGUACGGUGACGAGCAGGUGAAGCUGGCGCUGGCCGUGUUCCUGUUCUGCCAGCUCGGGAACUUCUCCAUCCACGUGGCCCUGAGGAACCUGCGGCCCGCGGGCUCCAAGGCCCGGAAGAUCCCGUACCCCACCCGGAACCCGUUCACGUGGCUCUUCCUGCUCGUGUCCUGCCCCAACUACACCUACGAGGUCGGCUCCUGGAUCGGUUUCACCAUCAUGACCCAGUGCUUGCCCGUGGCGCUGUUCUCGCUGGUGGGCUUUGUGCAGAUGGCGAUCUGGGCUCAGGGCAAGCACCGCAGUUACCUGCGCGAGUUCCGGGACUACCCCCCGCUGCGCUCGCCCAUCGUCCCCUUCCUGCUGUGACACCGUGGGGACAUCCCUGGGGACAUUCCCCAGUGUCCCCUUCCUGCUGUGACACCGCGGGGACAUCCCUGGGGACAGCCCCAGUGUCCCCUUCCUGCUGUGACACCGCGGGGACAUCCCUGGGGACAGCCCCAGUUGUCCCCUUCCUGCUGUGACACCGUGGGGACAUCCCUGGGGACAGCCCCAGUGUCCCCUUCCUGCUGUGACACUGCAGGGACAUCCCUGGGGACGUCCCUGGGGACAUCCCCCAGUGUCCCCUUCCUGCUGUGACACCAUGGGGACACCGCAGGGACAUUCCUCAUUGUCCCCUUCCUGCUGUGACACCCUGUCCCCCACUCUCCCCUCCCUGCUGACACAUCCUGGGGACACCUUGGGGACACGGUGAUGUGUCCCUGCCAGUCCUGCCCUGAGCCUUGUCACCCACUGUGUCCCAGCCCUGGUGUCCCCUCCCCAGUGGCAGUGUCACCUCCCCAGUGCCACCCCCACUGUCCCCUCCACAGUGGCAGUGUCCCAUCCGUGGUGACAGUGUCACCUCCAGGGUGGCAGUGUCCCUCCUCUGGUGGCAGUGUCACCUCCAGGGUGGCAGUGUCCCUUCUCUGGGGGCAGUGUCACCUUCAGGGUGCCAUCCCCAGUGUCCCCUCCGUGGUGGCAGUGUCCCCAGCAGCGCUGGCCCAGUCACCCGCAGCCACCCCUGGUGACACCGCGGUGUCACCCCCGCGUGGCCCUGCCCAGUGCCACCCCCUCCCCCCAUCCCCGCAGGUGACAAUAAAUGCCAUCCCCCA